AAAAAAGAGUAUAGUAUUUUUUAGUGUAUCUUACCCUUAAAAAUAAGAAAAAGAAAGCAUUCACCACUAAUCAGCAAACGACGUCGCUGCGCGAAACCCUACUUAAGAUUUGGGAAAUUUAUUCCUUGAGAGAUUUGGGGGAAUUCUGAAACGUACGAAUAAUUUGGUGAAAUGAAGAGAGGACUUAAAUGGAGCGACGGCGACGACGAAACGUCGUCGUCCGACGACACCUCAGCUCCCGAAACCAACUCCGACGACAACGAUGUCGGCUCCAAAUCUAGAGACACCUCCAAGCUCAAAGCUUCUCUUCAAGUUGAUUCUACAAAGAAGAAAAGGAAAGGCAUAGACUUUGAAGCUUUGAGUCGACACGGAUACAGAGGGGGGCUAUCAGUGUUGAAGGUGCCGCCACCCAAGGAGGCGGAGAAGGAGCAGGACUGGUCGUGGUGCUGGGGGAAGGAGCAAAAGUCGAAAGAGGCAGAAGAAGAAUCUUUCAAAGAACGACAGAAAACUCGAGCUGCACUAGCAGAUGGUGAGCAGCUUGCACAUGUUCUAAGCCGCAAGGAGAGGAACAAUCUGUCGUUCCAACAGAAAGAGAAGAGGAAAAGAGAUCUAGGCCAAGCGAGUAGGGGAAAGAACUAUGUUGAAGAAGAGAAGAGGCUGCUUAGAGACAACGGGGUUUACUCUGGUUUCGACUCUUGAUUUAAGUGGUAAGUUUUUAGGUAUUGCAGAACAAAAUCUUCAUCACAGUUGAUGUGUUGCAUUCUGUAAAAUGGAUGAGUAAUACUAAAAGCAUGUUGUGUUGAAUCUGUUGAUUGAGAAGAUGGAUAUUAAGGUGAGUAAGAAUUUUUCUCAA